AUGCCUACCCUCGGCUUCCUCAAGAAAAAACGGACGAGGGAGGGCAAUCAGGACCCUCAAGGCUCCAGUCUACCCACUAGCCCGGUAACGCCUACCUCCUCGAAGCCCUUCGACAGUUCCAUUUCGACCACCCUCUCUUCGCUGUCUUCCAACUCCCAGCAGGGGCUGAAGCAGCACGACGAUUCGGCCUCGUCCGAGGCGGCGAAGCAGCAGCAGAUGUAUCCUACCGCCGUCCAACCUCCCAACCCGCCAGCAGCCCACCAAUCGCAAUACAACCAGCAAGCCGGAUCGCAACAGAACCUCCCGAGCAUCAACAACCUAAUCAACCCGACGCAGCAGGACGCUUCGAACAACGGCCAAAAAUAUCUAGCGCAGCCGUCCCAGCCGUCCCAGCCGAACCCGAGCCCCGGAACCGACCCAGCGCGACUCCAGCAACAGCAAGCCCAGUCGAUGCUACACCCGCCGCCGCCGCCGCCGCAGCAGCAGCAGCAGCAGUUCGGCAUGCAACAACUGGCGGUGGACCAGCAGGUCCGUCAGACCAAGGGGAAAUAUACAUUGACCGACUUUGAUAUCUUGCGGACGCUGGGAACUGGUAGCUUUGGAAGAGUGCAUCUGGUGCAGUCCAAGCACAAUCAGCGCUUCUAUGCUGUCAAGGUGCUGAAGAAGGCGCAGGUCGUCAAGAUGAAGCAGGUCGAGCACACCAAUGACGAGAGAAAGAUGCUGGGCGAGGUCAAGCACCCAUUCCUCAUCACGCUAUGGGGCACGUUCCAGGACUCCAAGAACCUGUACAUGGUGAUGGACUUCGUCGAGGGUGGUGAACUGUUUUCGCUGCUGCGGAAAUCCGGGCGCUUCCCCAACCCUGUCGCGAAAUUCUACGCCGCCGAAGUCACGUUAGCGCUCGAAUACCUGCACUCAAGGAACAUUAUCUACAGAGAUCUCAAGCCCGAGAACCUGCUGCUCGACCGGCAUGGGCACCUAAAGAUAACAGAUUUUGGUUUUGCCAAGCGAGUGCCAGACAAGACGUGGACGCUUUGCGGUACCCCCGACUACCUGGCGCCCGAGGUCGUCUCGAACAAGGGUUACAACAAAUCCGUAGACUGGUGGUCUCUUGGAAUUUUGAUAUACGAAAUGUUGUGCGGGUACACGCCGUUCUGGGACAGCGGGUCGCCGAUGAAGAUCUACGAAAACAUCCUCAAGGGCAAGGUGAAAUACCCUGCCUACAUCAACCCGGAUGCGCAGGAUCUGCUGGAGAAGUUAAUUACGGCGGAUCUGACCAAGCGGCUGGGAAACCUGUACGCAGGUCCGAACGACGUCAAGAACCACCCGUGGUUCACUGAGGUCACGUGGGACAGGCUCGCCCGCAAGGACAUCGACGCACCCUACACGCCUCCUGUCAAGGCCGGCGCGGGUGACGCGAGCCAGUUUGACAGAUAUCCAGAGGAUCCCGAGCGAUACGGCUCAUCCGGACAUGACGAGUGGGUUUCUCCUGAGAGGGCGAUUCGGGGUGUAGCUAACGUGAAGUCUCAGGUACGGCCAUCUAUUCACCGACUUCUAAUGUCUCGCUUGAAGGAGAUUUCGAGUUGCCGCGCAAGGCGUGUGCUUGCAUGCUCCGGUCUGCGAGCAGUGUUUGAAUAG